UCGUCGCUUCCGCCUUCAGACUCUCAGACAAACAUCGCUUCACUACGAGCUCCAGCAGCACAUGACAGCAAAACCUCCGCUAAAAAACGACCAUUAUCCAUCCGGAGCGCAGAGCAACGGAGCAUUUCUGAGCCUUGAAACGCUUCGGAGUCUCUCCUGAAAACACUCAGACACCCGUGGAACAGAAACACUCUGAAAUCCUUUUUUUUUUCCCCUGAAGGAGGAUUUUUGGUGAAAAAAAAAGUGAAGAAAGAGAAACCGGCGAGCACGUCGAGCGAGUUUUUUGGAAGCAGCUCAGAGCGCACAGCAGCAGCAGCAACAGCAGGACGAGGAGAAGUUUAGUUGAGUGGCGCACAGAGGAACCUCAUCCUCGGCUUCUUUCUGCCUGGAUCUGCCUCUCAGAUCACUGAGGAGCGUCCCGGGAGGCUUGGAGAGUCCGGAGCGGGCUGAGAGUCUGGAUGCAGAUGAAACCCUGAACCUCCCUGCAGCUCCAGGGGACUUUCUCCGAUGUGUCCCCAGCGCUCAGAGCCCCUGGCCCGGCCGCGGGGAUGGCAGCCUCGGCCCUGAACCUCAACGGCCUCGGAGUCAUGAACAGCAGUAACCAGAUUCACACCCAGCCAGGCUCAUCCAGCGCCGCCUCUCGGACCAGAACCAGCCCGGUGGCCCGACCCGUGCUGCCGGUCCCAGAUCGAAGCACCUAUUGCCAGUUACUGGGUGGAGGCCUCUACAGCCCCACCAGCCCCAAGACUAGUCCUCGCUCUCUGGGUCAAACCUUCGUCUUCCCGUCUCCGCCGCUGCUCUCUCCCGGACCUCGAGCUCGAUCUCCGUCACCUCGAAGCCCGGAGCUGCUGGGGGUCAAUGUGGGCCAGCGGGUCCGACGCCUGAGCGGGGAGGAGGGAGGCGACGGGAGGCAGGAGAGGGGAGGAGAGCCGGGGGGAGGCGAGAGGCGAGAGGAGAGGAGGCGUCAGGCUCAGCAGCUGCAGAUCAACAGGGAGCUGCAGAACGUCGAGGUGAGGGGGAAAGUGGGCAUUUUCGAGGCUCACAUCUCCGGGAUUCGUGCCCAGGUGCUGAGCAGCGAGCAGCAGCGAAGCCCUCGGUCUCCCAGAAGAGGCCAAACCUCUUCCCCUCCCAGCCCAGGAAGCAGCGUUAGUGAAUGCCCAAUGACCCACCCAGCGGAGAAUAAAGUUCCCAGUGUUGUUCAGAACGGCAGAGACAGGGAGGAGGAGGAAACAACGCGGGCUGCUAAAACAAAUGCCGCUCAACAUGAAUGCAGCUCAGAAACCACGAUGCAAAGGUCCUGCUCGGACGGACUGUUGGACAGCGCAGCAGAUGGAGGUAAAAACGACGGAGAAGUGAAGCAGGAGGAUGAAGGAGGACGAGACGAGAUGCUGCUGCAGACGGAGGGAAGCCGGUCGGAGGUUCACCCAGAAACAGACGCUUCAUCUGGGGUACAAACUAGCGAGACCUCCCCUCCUCUGGUGGACGUCUCCUCCAACCACACUCCCUCCUCUCCUCCCUCCAUCCCUGCAGUCAUAAUAACCGACCACGGCUUGGAGAACCAGACCCAGCAGUCUGAGGGCCCCGGAUCGGAUCAAAGGCCCGGCGGCACCCCCAGCCCCAGCUCCAGCCCCGGUCCAAACUUCUCCAACCGCUCUCUGAGGAAGCUAUCGUCCUCCUCAGCCUCUUCGGCCGGGUUCUCCUCGUCCUGGGAGGAGUCGGAGGAGGAUAUUUCCAGUGACAGAAAAGGAGAGCAGCUUCUGAACCCGGCGGUGCUCAGUUCUCAACAGAAAGCACACAAGUCGUGGAAGAAGAUAAAGAACAUGGUUCACUGGUCGCCAUUCGUCAUGUCCUUCAAGAAGAAAUAUCCCUGGAUACAGUUGGCAGGACACGCAGGGAGUUUCAAGGCGGGUGCGAACGGCCGCAUAUUAAAAAAACACUGUGAAUGCGAGCAGCGCUGUUUGUCCCUGCUGAUGAGAGACGUGCUUCGUCCGUACGUCCCCGGUUACCAUGGAGACGUGGAGAAGGACGGACAGAAGUACAACCAGAUGGAGGAUCUGCUGGCUGAGUUCGACUUCCCCUGUGUGAUGGACUGUAAGAUGGGAGUCAGGACGUAUCUUGAAGAAGAGCUGACCAAGGCUCGUAAGAAACCGUCUCCGAGACCCGACAUGUACCAGAAAAUGAUCGAAGUGGAUCCCGACGCUCCGACGGCGGACGAAAACGAGCAGAAGGCGGUGACCAAACCCCGAUACAUGCAGUGGAGGGAGACGAUCAGCUCGACGGCCACGCUGGGAUUCAGGAUAGAGGGAGUCAAGAAAGAGGACGGCACGGUGAACAGAGACUUUAAGAAGACAAAGACGAGAGAACAAGUUACUGCAGCCUUCCACGACUUUGUAAAAGGAAAUAAGGACAUAGUGAACUGUUAUCUAACAAGACUGAAAGAAAUCAAAGACACUCUGGAGAUCUCACCGUUCUUUAAAACCCACGAGGUGAUCGGCAGCUCCUUGUUAUUCGUCCACGACAGUAAGGGGCGGGCCAAAGUCUGGAUGAUUGACUUCGGUAAGACCACGCCCCUCCCCGACGGCAACGAGCUGACCCACCGAGCGUCGUGGGUGGAGGGGAACCGGGAGGACGGAUACCUCUCUGGACUCGAUAGUUUGGUGGACAUCAUUUCCUCCAUGGUAGACUCUGACACAUGAACACUGGGACUCAAAACAACCAGCUUCAUUCAUUCUUCAUCCCUCGGGAGAGAACUUUCCUCGAGGAUUCCGUCACAUGUUGGAAAGAAACCACGUGAUCCGAAAACGAGUGCACGGCCAGAUCCGCUCACGACCGCUGGAGUGUCCAGAUUCAGUCAUGACAUGUUCUUUUGUGUUUAACCCCUUAAAAGGCCUCUUUCUCAGCAGACAUUAGACAGAAAAAGCAACAGCAGGGCUAAUAAUAUUUACGACAGCUUGGUUCCUCAUAAACCAGCAGACAUAAUAACAAUAAUGUUAUUCAUAAACCCGCGGUCAUCUUUUAUGACGUCAAAAAAAAAACAACCUUUUACUAAAGGAAUUCUUAGUUUGGCCCUCUGAGCUCCAAGCAGCAGCGAAUGGCACUGUUAGAAUGGCAUGAAUUCUUAAAAAUAUGAAAAAGAAGAAUUUCUUGGAUUGUUUAACAAAAUUUAAAGAAAACAUGAAAGAAUUCCUGAAAAAAAACAAUAUUUCCCACAAGUGUUGCUUUAACUGGAAAAAAAUGUAGUUCUGCAUACUAUAGACCAGUGGUUCUCAACCCUGUUCCUCAGGACCCACUGUCCUGCAUGUUUUAGAUGCUUCCCUGCUCCAGCGCACCUGAUUCAAAUGAUCAGCUCGUCAUCAGGCUUCUGCAGAGGCUGAUCAUUUGAGUCAGGUGUGCUGGAGCAGGGAAGCAUCUAAAACAUGCAGGACAGUGGGUCCUGAGGAACAGGGUUGAGAACCACUGCUAUAGACUUCUAACUAUUUGCCUUUUUAAUUUGUUUCUAGUCUACUCUGCUUCAUGGAAACAGCCUGCAGUUUGGCCAAAAGCUCUCUGAAUUUUUGUUGUAUGACUGCUGGUUACGGCUCAAUGAAUUCUGGUUUUUAAGUCGCAUUAAGUACCCCCCCAGAACUAUUAAUUUUAUACAGAAUUUGGUUAUGACAAACUCUUAACUUUCAGCGUUUUUUAGAACUACACAUUUAAAUUAUUUUAAUGAAAUAUUACAAUUUUAAGCUUAGAUUCUGUUACACAUGAUUACUUCAAAGACUGUCAGAAAGCUGUAAAUCCAAAAAUUAUUUAGUUUUUUGUGUCAUUUUAAGAAUUCUUAUAAAAAAGAUGAUAUGGCUUUUUAACCUGCCAGCAUGUUUUGGGGUUCAGAGGGUUAAUAAUAUACCAGUAAUGUUAUUUUUUACACCUAUGCUUUUGUACUUUUAAUGUCAAAAUGUCUGCUUUGAUAAAGGUCUAUUUUUAUAUUCAUAAUCCCUGCAACACGGCCUUUAACUAAAAGAAUUCUCAGUUUAUAGCAAACUGAAGGUUACUGUAUUGUAAUCAAAUUCCAUACGAAGACCAAAACCAACAAUAUGUUAGUUUGUUUUUCAAUGUUUCUUCACUUAUUUAGCAUUUUUGUGGAUCCUUUGGGCACAAACACCAAGAGGUUUAACCAAAGAAGCUUCUUGGAUGGAGGUGAAACGUCUUCAAGAACCAUAAAAGAAGUCCAGUCGUCUUCUACUGAAGCUCUUUAGCUCAAAAGAAAGUACAACAUUUGAGGUCAUUGUAAUGAAUUAAUGUCACUAAGGCUGUAGUGAACCAAAGAACAGAAUGCAGAAGUGAGUUAAACCUGGUUUCUUUCUAACAGCCAGCAGGGGGCGACUCCUCUGGUUGGAAAAAGAAGUCAGAUUGUGUAGAAGUCUAUGAGAACAUGAACCAAUUUCUCAUUUGAUAGACAUUUGCAAAACAUUAAUUUUAUUAUACAUUUAGUCUUCAUUAGGUUGCACCAGUUCCAAGAAAAGUUUAGAAGUAUUGGAUUAACCCCGGAGGACUGUUGAUGUCGUGUUUUUCUCCUUAUGAAAGUAACACCAAAGAUGUUCAACCAGUGGGAAUUUGGUCAAAUAAGAGUGAGUCAACCAACUUAUUGACCAGUCCACCUUAGGUCCAGUUCUUUGUUGUUUUUGGUCUUUUAUGGUAUUUGUUUCAAAUAGAACUCCAGAAUUAUUCUUCAAAACCACAUAUAUGAGAAACUUUGAAGUCUUCGAUCACAAAAAGACCUUAAUUGUCAAAUUUUCCAUAAAAGCCAGCAUUUAUGCUAUGUCUCAUUUUAUGAAAGACUCUGUAACUACAGGAAUGUUGUUUUUAUUGUAAACGUGAGUUCACAACUCCCAUAUUUGGCCUUAAAUGCUUCAAUUUGGCUGCACUGAGCUGAUUUGCUGCAAAACGUAACUCAGUUUUAUUGGAUUUUUUCAUCAGUUUGACCCAUUUCUUUCAAAGCAAGCACUUAAUUUCACUGCCAGUCACAGGAAUUGUACAGUUUGAGUGUUUUUACCCAUGAAAACACAGUUGGAAGUUGUAUAAAAAGAGGCAACCCUUCUUUUUCCAUUAACACUCAAAAGUCAUUGAUGGUUUCAAUAAUCUGGCAAUAACUGGCAUCUAAGUGGAGCUAAAUAAUCCAUCUCAGUGUAGUUUCAGUUUCUUACGGACUAUUGUUUCAUAUGUAAAAAUAUUCUCAGCCGUGGCCACACUCCGCUCACACUCCGUCUGGAUUGUUCACAAUGUACAGUAAGAUUUAUUUUGUUUGAUGUAGUUUUUUUAAUCGUAACAUUACUUUAGUGAAAUCAUGUGGAACACUUACAGCCAUGAACAAUCUUAUUUAAGCUAUCCAGUGCCUUGACACGACGAAGCCAAGUCAGAAAAAACUGUUGUGAUGUAUUUUCUCUGCUUGUCUUAAAUGUGGGUUUUCUGCGUUUAGUCCUACACGGGUGCAUGUUUAUUAUUCUCUUAGAAGUUUGUUUUUAAUUUGUUUUUAUUUAAAGCACAUCUUUUUUUCUUUUAGUUCACUGGAGACUGUGACAUUUUGGAUUUUGAACUGUUAUGCUUGCAUUAGAUGAGUGAAAGUUGUCGGGUUGCUGACAUUCUUCAAACCAGAGAAAUGACUAAAGUAAAACUGUUUCAUUCAGUGGUGGGUACCAGCAGUUUGGAAAGGCAGAAAAAGCUUCUCAUAGUGUAACAGUAAGCAGUAGGUUUCACUCUACCAUGUUUUAAAAUGCAGUGGUUUUCAGUUGAGGUUUGCUGUGACAGUAGAUGGAGAAAGAGACUGAUUGCAACUUUGUGCAGUGCCUUCUUGAAGAAGUAGUUACACUUGUUAACUUUCUUGUCAAGAUUUAGAUAAAUAACAGAUGGCAUAGUGCAAUUUUCCUCACUUGGCAGCUAUCUUUGUUACACCUCCAGGCAAUUAUUUUGGGCUGGGCUUCCAAUUUAAAUGAGUGAAGAGAGAGUAAUGAGUGUAUUUUCAAAACUGUAUGUACAGAAACAGUUGCCAAAACUGCUAAAAAUCUUUAAAAGUUUGGUGGCUUUGUCCUAAAAUCUUUUUUUUUCCCCGCUGUCAUUCUGUACAUGCUCUUUUGCCAAUCUUGUUACCCAAACUAACUGCCCUGGGGUGUUAUCAGGAAAACUGCUUUUUGACGAGGUUAGCCUAUAACUAUGGAAGCAUAAACUAGUGGUUGGUUAGCAUCACUUAGCAUCAGCACUGGAAGACUGAAAUUUAAGGCUUACUUGGUAAUUUGUGACCUUCAAAGUAUCAGCCUGGCAGAUAUUGUUACUAGAAGAUGGGGGAAAGUUAUGUUCAGUCAUGUUUUCCAACCCUGUUGCUAAGCUAAGCUAACCAUCUGCUGGCUAUAGCUUCAGUUCUAACAGUUUGGACUCUUGCAAAAAGGAUGGAAUAUACCAACUAUUCCUUUCAGACCAACCAUGUUGCUCUCGCACCCCAAUGUCCACUUCAGCUGUUUGUAAGUAGGUUUCAUAUUGUUCUGAUUUUGCCGGCUUGUGUAUUUAUUUGGAUUGUUCCUUUAAAAUAAUGUGUAUUUGGUGAAACAAAA